AUGAGAUACGUUCUUUUCUCGCUGAGCGCAUUCGUGCUCUACGCUAUCUUCUACUUCUCCUAUAUCAAUGGCCUCGACGAGUUGGGUCGCAAUGCCGUGGAAUCCGGAAAGCUUCCUGGUGUAGAUGCGCUCUUACGCUCGGUCUAUACCGGUGUGGAACCCGUUGAUCGGAUUCUGACUCUUUUGACGACCUUUUUCUAUCCAUCGCUCGAUGGCCAAAGUCCUAGUCUUUUGCUUCACAGCAUUGGGUUCUCGGGCACCUUUGGAGCUGCCUGGACCCUGGUUGUCUUGGAGUCAUGGCGUAAGGGUAACGCGGGGACAAUUGCUGCUUAUCCCGCUAUCUUCGGUCUCACAGCUCAACUGAUGACCUUCGCCUUCGCGACUCCCUUGAUUUGCGGUCUACAACUAGGUUGCUCAGUGACUGCGCGUCGCCCUAAUGCUGAUAACAUUCGCGUGCCCCGCGUUGUUCUAGCAGUACUACCGCUCGUCUUCAUAAUUGGAUAUAUGGUGCCAACUCAAGCGAUGGUACUGCCCGCUCCAUCCCUGAUCUCUUUCGACAUGAAGCAAAUCGCGAUCGCAAUCUGGCAGCCCUGGCCUGCCUAUGUGUCCAUUCUGACAACGGUGGCCUACUACGUUCUGUCACCCUUGUUCCCAAACAACCACCGGGCGUCCAUGUCUGGCUUGCGCUGGGUAUACGCAUCUGCAUUCGCAAAUGCGACGCUUACCCACCUUGUCUCGUGGAUUGUCUCCCUCGCCUCGGUUGCCGUUCCCAGCCUGUUCAAUGAGCGAUACCUCAGUGAUCUUCAUCCAUCUAAAGUUUUUUCCAUCCCUCUUCCUUGGUCGGGAGUGAAGGUCGAGACGGUGGCUGAGGGCGUGCACUACUUUUUGCGAUGGGACUACCUGAUUGGUUCUGCGGGUGUCUUGCUUUGGGCCUUGACUUUGUACAGCGUUGCCCACAAGCAGAUUCUUAGCACUGUUUCUUGGCCAGGCCUGCUGGUCAAGGUUGGUCUGCUGACUGUUCUGACAGGUCCAACCGGUGCUGCCGUGGAGUUGAUGUGGGAGCGUGACGAGUUGGUAUUCAAGGAGACUGGCGGUGCUCGGCAAAAGGCUAUCAAAGACAAGAAAUCCCUUUGA